UGAACACGUGCGGAGCUCGAGAGUGACAUGGAACAACCUGUUCGUUCGAUGAGGGUCGUUCGCGUGGCGAGAUAGUGCGAAAGAGUGAAAGCGCGAAAGAAGAAAGAAUCGAUCGAGUUCUCAAGUUCUAUUCGAAAUAUAUUCGAAACGAAGUGAAGAGAGGAUCGGUGACGGGCCUUUGGUCCUCGAGGCACCGAGACACCUAAUGGCACCCGACCUUGAGAAAAGGCGACAGGAACUAAGGAGGACCAACAGCGGUACUUUGGAACCGGGCCACGAGCAUCUUCAAAUGCUACUGCAGUUUCGGUGUACCGGAAAUGCAUUGAUCGAGCCUUAUCGACACGGUUACAAUGCAGGAGAAAGGUUGUCAGCGGUGACAGGAUCGGUUCAAAGAAGCACCGUCACGUCGAGCAACCGUGCGCAUUCUGCCUCUAGGAGAAUAAGCCAUCAGCAACGCCAACAGCAGCAGCAACCGCAGUUACAGCAACAGCCGAGGAUACCGCUGGGAUCCUUACGAAACUCGGAUGAGCACGGGGCGAGGGCCAACUCGGCACAGGACAGUUGCGAUAACUCGAACGAUUCCGGCCUCGGUUUCGAGGACCGUCAUCAACAUCUCGCGAACGCAAACGCUUGGAACGGAGCCGGCGAGGAAGACUCGAAGAGGAGGAAGAUGGACAUCAAGCUCGAGUCCGAGGACGCCAACUUCCCGUUUCCGGAGGUUGGACACGCGGCCAGCCCCGAGGCGAAGGCGGCGGCCACGAGGGGCGCGUCGAACGGGAUAGGAGGAUUGGCCACGAUCUCCGGGAGCAGGCAGGGGAAUGGUGGAACGGGGAGGGUGGUCGAGGUCUCGAGAUCCCGGUCCGGAUUGGGCGUGCUCGCCAAGAGAGCGUCCACGGCUCAACAGGGCCCGGUCACCCUCACCUCUCAAUUGUGUAACUCUUCCGCGGAUGGAAAGGUGCAAUUGCAAAUUAUCUGUCAACCGGAGCAACAGCACAGGGCUCGCUACCAAACGGAAGGCUCGAGAGGAGCGGUGAAGGAUCGAACCGGGAAUGGGUUCCCGAUCGUCCGCCUGGUCGGCUACGACAAACCGACCACGCUUCAAGUUUUCAUUGGCACGGAUCUCGGCCGUGUGGCGCCCCACAUGUUUUAUCAAGCGUGCCGGGUGAGCGGCAAAAAUUCGACACCGUGCGUGGAACGCAAGAUCGACGGCACGAUCGUGAUCGAGGUGGACAUGGAUCCGGCCAAGGACAUGUUAGUCACGUGCGAUUGCGUCGGUAUUUUGAAGGAACGGAACGUGGACGUGGAGCACAGAUUCCCUCAGGAAGCCGGAGUGCUUCAGGGACGCAGCAAAAAAUCGACCCGUUGUCGUAUGGUUUUCCGUACGACGAUCACUCAUCCCGACGGUACGACGGAAACUUUGCAAGUUUGUUCGCAACCGAUAGUUUGCACCCAGCCGCCGGGAAUACCGGAGAUCUGUAAGAAAUCGCUCACGUCGUGUCCGUGCACCGGAGGAUUGGAAUUAUUUAUACUUGGGAAGAACUUUUUGAAGGAUACACGGGUCGUGUUUCAACUGGACAACGACAAUCUGUCGAGCAGUUUGGAACCUCAUUGGGAAUGCGCGGUCCUACCCGACAAGGAGUUCCUGCAGCAAACUCAUCUGGUUUGCGUCGUACCAGCGUACAGGCGACAAGAUCUGGCACCCUCAGAAACGGUUAGCGUUAAAUUGUACGCGGUAUCGUCUGGAAAGACGAGCGAGCCUCACACGUUUCUUUACACCGCCGCGUCCACACCACCCGAACCAUCGGUGGGUAAAGUUGAGCCGAUAACUCCACCUCUGUCCACCACGAACGGCGAAGUUGCAUUGGCAACGUCUCCCGUAGCGGUGCCCCUGACUAAAGGUGUAUCACCGAACACUCUGAUUACACAAGCAACCGCAGGAACGGCAAAUUUCUUGACAACUAUACCAGCGCAACAACCACUCCAAAAAACGGAGGCGCUUAAGAACGAUCCGAGCCCACCACCGGUCACAGCGUCAUCUCAGGUAACAUCAGUUAUGAUGUGGGCAGCGCAAAGUCCUAAUUGCAAAAAUUCACCGCCUGACGUGAUGAUGCCACCGCCGGCUUUGGUUGCGAAUCCGCUGCUAAGCCGUAGAUCAUCUUCGAAUCUUCAAUUGAGUUUGUUAGAUAAUUUGAAGACCGAGGUCCUGGACGAGAAUAGUGAGAACAGUAUGAUCAGCGAAAACAGCAUGCAAAGCAUACCGACCCCGACCGCGAAUGGCUCGACGGGUACCAGCCCGUUGCAACAGUUGGUGAGCGAGAACUCGAGGGAAACGCCGCAGGCUAAUAUCAUCAGAUCGGUCCCUGUGGCGGCGAACGGUUCACCUGUACAGGAGGCGGUCAAUCUUCUCGGCGUGGUAGAUCUAAUGCGAAACCAGCAUCAGUUGUCGAUGGUUUCGACGCACCAAAACACGUUCGGAGGUAUGCACGACUCGUCUCAAGUCAAAGUUCUAAGUCCUCAUCAUAUCAACAAAGAAACUAACUCGAUAUUGCCGGUAGAAGGCACUCCUAAUGGAAGUCUUCAGGGCGGCGGUGUUGUUGAUCUUCGCAUGAAGCAUCAUCAGACGGAGUUCGAUACGCUAACAAAUUUUACCGGAACGCCGAACGGACAACUGCCUGCACAGAGUGGCCAUAGCGUAGAGAAAUACCUUAAUCAUAUCGAGUCUAACGUCAAAGAGGCUGAGAAUCAAGAAAACGGAUUUGUAGGUACUAUACAGCAACGAGCUUCCAUUAUUACCACAGGACGACAACCUCAACAAGGACAAGCUUCCAAUAUUUUAGCUUCUCCCUCUCCAGGCGUCAAAUUAGAUACCCUCGUUAAUUCUGGCGCUGAAUCUCAUCAAUUGGUGUCGCCUCUGCGUACCGUGAAUCCUAAUAAUAAUACCAUAAUGAGUCAUGUUUCCGCAGUUACCGAUCACGAAACGAUCUCGAGUCCCCAACAAAGUAGAACUAGCCCACCCAUUCCGGUCAAGACGAUGCUUCUCGAAGCGUUGAUGCCGCCACAGGCCGUGCCAUCUUUACCAGGAAAUGGCGCCACGUCCGUUUCAUCGCCCGCAUCUGUGGUUCCGGAACAGGCUAAUGGCGACAGUUUGCUCACCACUAUCAACGCCGCUUUAUUGCCGCCGAUGCAGGAACCAACAGUGACUGCGACCGGUACGUCGAAUUCUAACGUUAGUGUACCAUCUCAUAAUCCGUUACAAGUUACGAACGAGACUAUGUCGACAGCGGCGGAGCAUAUUCCGCAGAUUCCGGCUCUUAUACAGCAAGAUGUUGUAGCGAUGCAGCAAGCGCAACAAGUGGAACAGGUUGUCGCGCAUGCACAACAACAAGUUGAACAAGUUGUCGCCCAGGCUCAGCAACAAGCGGUACAAGCGGUGCAGCAGGCACAACAGCAAGUCGUUCAACACGUGGUGCAGCAUGCACAGGUUGUCCAACAAGCUGUGCAACAAGUGCAAGCGGUACAACAAGUUCAGGCCGUGCCGGCUGUUCAACAAGCUGUGCAGCAAGCUACGCAGGAAGUGGUCCAGCAAGCGGUACAACAGGCUACGCAGGAAGUUGUACAACAAGUUCAAGCGGUUCAACAAGCGGUUCAGCAAGCGCAAGCAGCUCAAGCGAUGCAGCAAGCGGUACAGCAAGAUAUUGGUUCUAUGUUAAAUCAACCGGCAGGUUUCGUUGCCGAGGCUAGUUCUGCUUUAGCGAGUGGAGCGGCUCAAGAACCAUCGCAGCAGAGAUUAACCAAUGCCGCGGAACAAGCGAUUAAUAAUGUAAUUACUAACGCUACUCAGGAUAUUAUUAAUAAUCGACCUAUUACCACGACCACCGCGCAUGCAAUUAUCGCGACAAAAAAUAUAUUAAACAGCGUGGCUACUCAAAGUGCGCAAUUAAUGAACAGUGCUAUGGAAGGUAUUUUACCUAAAUCACCUUCCAACCAGAGUAAUAUUGUUGAACAGGUAGCGAAUAAAUCACCACCGGUUGCCUUACCUGUGACACCUAAUAGACAAAACGUAAACCCACCUAUAACAAAUACGGCAAACAGUACGAAUGGUACAACGGUUAGAAAACAGGAAGAUGGCAUGUUGCCUCAAGAGCUUACCUCGAUGUCGGAGAAUGAUCUGUUGAGUUAUAUAAAUCCAAGCUGCUUUGAUCCUCAAAAUGGUUUUCUUAUGUAGUACUGCCGUAUUCUUGUCAUUAAAAUAUAUAAUUGUGUAUUCGAUUUACUUUUUGGAUACAGAGAAAGAGAGAGAAAG